AUGAGCCAGUGCCUCCUCUCCUCAUUCGGGGUGGAGGCCAGGACCAAGGAACUUUUUGAGUGUGAGAAGCUUCUUGAAAGUAACCAGACUAUUUACCGAUCCAAAUUUGUCAACUUCGUCAAGCGCGAAGCAAAACCAACCCAGGAGUCGCUUCAGCAUCUCAUGCGGUGUCUGGACAACUUCUUCUUCUCGGGCCAUCUGACUGGAGGCAAACACCGCCGCGUCACGCUUGAAUUCCGGGCAGACAUAUUCGACCAGAUCGGGAAGCUUGAAAAAGGCGAACAAGCCGUUUGGGGCCUCACAGAAGUGACAGACAAGGGAGAUACCUCAGCCUUGAAAGCGAAGAUCAGUAUCGACGCCAGCCACCCCAAACUAAAGCGAGGAGGCAUUGUCAUGCGGUCCUUGAUUGACGUGCUGGAGACCCUGGUUCAUGAGAUGGUCCACGCCUAUCUUCGAGUGUUUGUCUGCCUUUGCGAUGAGUGUCAACGGGCCCUCGGUGCCACGGGCCAUGGAGCCGUGUGGCAGGAGCUGAAGCAGGUCAUGUCUAUUACUAUCAGAAGUUGGGACACGACUUUACAGAACUUCUACCUCGACGAUUGGGAUCGAUUGGAUGCAUCGUAA